AUGGCUCUAGGCCCAUUCAGCAUAACAUAUCCGAGAAGCCUUCUGAUCGACUUUUCCGUUCCUGUCUACAUCGACAACGAAGGUAUAUUCCUCCCGAGGCCUGCACGCGAACGAGACCUCACUGGUUUUGUUAAGCCGUUUGCCUGGCAGGUAUGGAUAGGUUUGACAGUGGCAGUUGUUGGAAGUAUGGUACUAGGAGUCGCCAUGAAAUGGUGUGUUGAACAGUGGGGGCCAGUAAGGCUGGAGCAUGAUCUCCAGGAGUUUCGAGGAAAGACUUGGCCACUGCUGACUUUUGAACCUGUUUGGCUGAUCAGGUUACUUCUACUUCAAGGUGCAGAGCUCCCACCUAUGAUGCUGACUGGUCAGCUGUUUAUGGGAAAUUGGAUGAUAGCAACCUUAAUUCUAAGUUCGUCUUACCAAGGUGUUCUUACCUCUCUUCUGGCAAUACCGAAGGUUGAAAUUCCUGUAGACUCUCUGCAGGAUUUGGUUGACUAUGGCAAGAUCCCUUGGGCUAACGAACGUGGAACCUCUCUUCAUCAGUUUUUUGGGGACGCUAAAUCAGGCAUUUACAAGGUAAUAAACGAUAAAGGCUUCCUCAUCACAGCUUCUUACGACGAACGCCACCGGAUGAAGGGUGAGAAGUUCGCCAUACUGUGUGAUUUCUUCUCCAUGAAGAAGAUCAUGAGCGACGACUACAGUGAAACCGGCCAGUGCAACUAUUACAUUGCAAAGGAGCCCAUCUUUUGGUAUCAAGUUAUGCCUUUGCUUUCCCUAAGAAAAGUUCGAUCAUACCACACUUCAACAGACUGUAAGCAAAUGGAAAUACUACUAAAUUUCACUAUUUUCCGGCCUCAUAUAUUUAAAAACUAAUAUCUAUAACUGCACGAUUCCUGUCACCCUUUGCACCCGUUUUCUAUGCAUUACCUUCACGAUGUAGCCCAGCCCUAUCUCACAAUGUUAAUCUGUGGAACGAUUAUGCAUCCUUAAUUAAAUGAAGCAAGACUGCCAGUAAUUUGUUGGGAAAACUGUCUUCGGUUUUCCCUGUCAUUUAAGAGUUACGAUGCUGAAGGAGGGCGGUAUAAUAAGCAGAUACAUUCAGGAUUUCACGGCAAAUGCUACGGCGUGCAUGGUGAGGCCCGGGAAGGAAGACAGAGUUUCUA